GGAGGAUGCGCUCCCCCGCGCCCAGCGGCAGAGGCCACCGCUCCCAGAAAUGCGAGCUCCCGACGCCCUUCUCCGGGACCCGAGGAGCCGGCGCCCCCGCCCUGUAGUAGCUCCCACCGCUCUCCUGCUUCACGUUUGAUCCUGGAGCAGCAGAGAGAGACUGUGUCUACACGUCGCUUUUGUUCAGCCGGACCUGCUUCCCGUGCCCUGUAACUAGGAACCCACGCUUAUCCUUCAGAUCUUGGGUUAUGACUCAUUGAUUAAAAAGGAAUUUUCCAAAUAUUUUGCACUUUUGAUCGCAUGUUAUGGAUACCAAGGAAGAGAAGAAGGAACGGAAACAAAGUUAUUUUGCUCGAUUGAAAAAGAAGAAGCAGGCCAAGCAAAAUGCAGAGACAGCCUCAGCUAUGGCUGCAAGGACUCAUUCUGGAAAAGAAGAUGCUAGUAAAGUCAUUUUAGAGCAAGACAAGUGUAACAUUUCUGUGGAAGAGGAGUACAUUACUGAUGAGAAAAAGAAGAGAAAAAGUAAUCAGUUAAAGGAGAUCAGGCGUACAGAACUAAAGAGAUAUUAUAGUAUUGAUGACAAUCCAAACAAAACACAUGAUAAAAAAGAGAAGAAGAUGGUGGUUCAGAAGCCCCAUGGUACUAUGGAAUACACUGCUGGAAGCCAGGACACCCUAAACUCCAUAGCACUGAAAUUUAACAUCACUCCCAAUAAAUUAGUGGAACUGAAUAAGCUUUUCACGCAUACUAUUGUUCCAGGCCAGGUUCUUUUUGUGCCAGAUGCCAACUUUCCCUCGAGUACCUUAAGGUUAUCAUCAUCCAGUCCUGGUGCUACUGUCUCUCCUUCAUCAUCAGAUGCAGAAUACGAUAAACUGCCUGAUGCUGACUUAGCAAGAAAGGCCUUAAAACCCAUCGAGAGAGUCUUAUCAUCCACUUCAGAAGAGGACGAGCCAGGAGUGGUAAAAUUUUUGAAAAUGAAUUGCCGGUACUUCACUGAUGGAAAGGGUGUGGUCGGAGGCGUCAUGAUUGUCACUCCUAACAACAUCAUGUUCGACCCUCACAAGUCCGAUCCCCUGGUCAUUGAAAAUGGCUGUGAGGAAUACGGCCUCAUCUGCCCCAUGGAAGAGGUCGUUUCCAUCGCCCUCUACAAUGACAUCUCCCACAUGAAGAUCAAAGAUGCCUUGCCAUCUGACCUACCUCAGGAUCUUUGUCCUCUGUACAGGCCUGGAGAAUGGGAAGACCUGGCUUCAGAAAAGGAUAUCAACCCGUUCAGUAAGUUCAAAUCUCUCAACAAAGAAAAACGGCAGCAGAGUGGAGAGAGAACCAUCACUUCAGAUUCCACACCAAUGGGACCUUCAGAGAAGUCACCAGAAUACACAGAAACAAAGCCCUCAGACAGCUCUGUGUCAGACAAGGUAAAGGAACUGGAAUCCGCUGCAGAGGCAACCCAAGAAUCUACCGCAGUAGCUCACGUCAGCAAGGAACCUUCUGACACUCGGGCUGCAUUUGAAUCUGUAGCCAAAGAAAAUUCUCUUUUAGGGGAAGAUGAUGACUUCGUUGACUUGGAAGAACUUUCUUCUCAAACUAAAGGUGGAACGGACAAAAGAGACACCUCAAAGGAGUGCCUUUCUCUUGAUCCAGAGGAACUAAGGAAGACUAAAUCACGAGUAAUCAGCUCUACGGAAAUUCAGUCAGCCCUGAAUUUUUCGGGAACAGGGUGUGAUGCUGAACUGAAGGGAGCCCUAGACUUAGAAACCUGUGAGAAACAAGAUAUGAUGCCAGAGGUGGACAAGCGGUCUGGGUCCCCAGAAAGCCAAAUGGACAACACACUGAACAUCCACGAAGAUUUAGAUAAAGUCAAACUCAUUGAAUAUUACCUUAAUAAGAACAAAGAAGGGUCACAGUUACCUGAUAACGUGCAGAAGGCAGAAUUAAGCGAUGGCAAAAGUACUGAGCCAGUGGGAAUAGACAUCACCCUUAGUAGUUCUCUUCCCCAAACAGGUGAUCCCCCGAUUGAGGGCAAGGAAGAGCCAGAUAAAACCUGGGCAAAAGAGAAAACACCCCUUCCGUUGCAACUGAGCUCCUCUACAGAAGAAAGUAUGAAUAAAGAGUAUCCAGAUACUUCUUUGGAACCUAUUCUGGACAAUAGCGGCCAAGGUGCACAAAUGGAUAAUAAAUCUGAAGUUCAGUUAUGGCUAUUAAAGAGAAUUCAGGUACCCAUUGAAGAUAUACUUCCUUCAAAAGAAGAGAAAAGCAAGACUCCACCCAUGUUUCUGUGCAUUAAAGUGGGAAAACCAAUGAGGAAAUCUUUUGCCACUCACACGACAGCCGUGGUCCAGCAGUAUGGCAAACGAAGAAAGCAACCGGAGUACUGGUUUGCUGUUCCUCGGGAGAGGGUGGAUCACUUGUACACGUUCUUUGUCCAAUGGUCUCCUGACGUCUAUGGGAAAGAUGCCAAAGAGCAAGGCUUUGUGGUGGUGGAGAAAGAAGAACUGAAUAUGAUUGACAACUUCUUCAGUGAGCCGACCACCAAGAGCUGGGAGAUCAUCACGGUCGAGGAGGCAAAACGCCGGAAGAGCACGUGCAGCUACUACGAAGACGAGGACGAGGCCGCCCUGCCGAUCCUGCAGCCCCACAGCUCGCUUCUGGAGAACAUGCACGUUGAGCAGCUGGCCCGACGCCUUCCAGCAAGGGUGCAGGGGUAUCCAUGGAGACUCGCAUACAGCACGCUAGAGCAUGGGACCAGCUUGAAAACUCUCUACCGGAAGUCAGCAGCCCUAGACAGUCCUGUCCUAUUGGUCAUCAAAGAUAUGGAUAAUCAGAUCUUUGGAGCAUAUGCGACUCAUCCUUUCAAAUUCAGUGAUCACUAUUAUGGCACAGGCGAAACUUUUCUCUACACAUUUAGCCCUCAUUUCAAGGUCUUUAAGUGGAGUGGAGAAAACUCAUACUUUAUCAAUGGAGACAUAAGUUCUUUGGAACUUGGUGGUGGAGGGGGACGAUUUGGCUUAUGGUUAGAUGCUGAUUUAUACCAUGGACGAAGCAACUCCUGCAGCACUUUUAAUAAUGAUAUUCUUUCCAAAAAGGAAGACUUCAUAGUUCAAGACCUCGAGGUAUGGACAUUCGAAUGAAAUUUAGACUGCCUUAAAAUAGAACAUUUAAAAAGGCUGGGUUCGGUCAGCCCUGCUAAAGCUAGCUGGAAGACGAAGCCCCAGCCCAGACUGCCUCAUCCCAUCAUAGUGCUUUCUUUCUGCCAUCAUCUCAGAGCGCACUUACAUUGCAGAGAGAUUCUGAAAGGUACAUGCGGAAGGCAGACGAUGAAGAAAGAAUUUGAAGUUGAGAUCGUUGAAAGACUUCAUACUCUCAAUUCCUUCAAACCCAUAGAGUGAGGAGUCAGAAUAUUUAUAGAUGUGAGUUGAAUGCAAUUUUUAUUUUUGGUAACUGUGAAAAAGAAAAUACUGUAGAAGUAUAUACAUUCCUUGUAUAUUUAUCAACAUAAUUUUCAUUACCAAAAUGUACAGCAUACUAUUGUUUGCCAUUGAAAAGUUUAGUCUCAUUUAGAAAAAUUGAAAGUGCACAGCACUUAAAGGGAAUAUAUGAUUUUUUAAAACUGUUUUAUUUAUUAUUUCUAGUAUAUUGUUUGAAAUGUGUUGGCAAUUUUUUUUCUUUUAAUGUGUCAAAUCUUGACUUAAAGAAAUGUAUACGUUUUGUGCUGUUUUGGCAACAAAUCCAUUUGAUUUAUAUAGUUUUAUAUUACAUUUUUUUUGCCCUGAUUGUUUAGGGUGAUCUGUAUAUGUAUGUGCUGCUUAAUGUCCAUAUAUAUAUACACACACAUAUAUAUACCCACAGACAAUUCUGAAUUUUUAAAAACUCAUUAUCAAUGUUUAUUGAUUUGCCUGUUGUAGGCCAUCUUCCCAUUUUGCCAUUGAAAAGGUACAUUUUUAGUUAUUUACUCUGAACAUAAUUGUGUAAAGAAGAAUAAGCCAUUUCUCACAGUCAUAAGUUAAUAUUUACAGUAAUGUAUACCUUUAUGAUCCUGGAUUUAGAACCCUGCUUUUGAAAAGAAAUGUUUUGCUUCUUAUAAAAUCUCAUGUGUUAGUAACAAAAAUUGUAUUUUUAUUGGAUUUUUUUGCAUAAUCUUCCCCAAGUUUUUACAUUGACAGGCCUCUGUUUUAAAUGAGAUUGAAUGUUUUAAUUUCUGUAUAUUUUAUAUCAAAUGAAAAAUGUCAGUGAUCCCAAUUGUCUUGGUUUCUACACUUUCAAUUGAAAAAAAUUCAGUGCAAAGAAAUGCAUUUAUACCACAAUUGGAAUAAAAAGUAAAGAGCAGUUUUUAAAUAUCAACUCACUUUCACAUCAUUAAACACUCUUUUAUGAAAGUUAAUAAUAAAACCUUGUUAAAAUGUUAACAAAUAUUAUUGUCAAACUUUUACAAAGCCAAAGACUGCUAAUGGAAAAACAAAGUCAAGUAAUAGCCAAAGCUCAGAAAGUUGUCUGUCAUAAAUUACAUUUCCAGUGAUCUUUGAAAGGAAAAAUUAAUAGAAAGUAGUAGUUUAUAGACCUGCAUUUUAAAAAUGUAAACAGUGCUUAGAAUGUUGGCUUUAAGCUGGCAGAAUACUUCCUUUAGCUUAUUCUCUUACUUUAGACUAUUUAUAAAAGAGAACAGACAAAUUGCCAUGUGGCCUCCUGUCAGAUCAACAAUUAUUUUACUACACUCACAUUCCAUACAAGUUUCUUUGAAUGCUAUAAAAUCUUAAAUCUGUAGCCUGGGUGUACUUUCACCCAAGUUCUAUUGCGAACUCUUCAUUAACAACUUAUUGGCAGUUGAACCUUAUUAAUCUGCUUGUUACAUAAUGUGCCUGUGUAAGAUUCCAGGAAUGUCUCAGUAUGAUCACGUUUACCAUUUAUGCCAUUUGCAACCAUAUGCUAUUAACAAAAUGGUCAUUUUGCAUAUAGUUCACUCUUAUCUACUUUAGUCCAUGAUAUUAUACUUGUGAGAGCAUAUUCAGAUGCUGUGUUCUCUAUUUAAAACAGUAUUGUCCAAUCAGACAUGUGUGGCCCUUCAUUUAUGGAUAUUGAGUGUAUGUAAUGCAGUGCUAGCCCAAUAUUUUCAAUAAAGGAAUUCAUGCAUUCAA